AAUAGCCGUCAGUCAGAUUGUUCUUGACAUCGAGCCUUUUAAAAUCUUAUUAUAUUUCGUUUAACGUUCCUCUGAGUAAAACUCUGUGUUAUUAAAAUUCGUCUAUACAAUUCGAUUGAAUCAGUCGCUUCGAAUUUUAGGAUUUUUGUUUAUCAAAUGCUUAUAUUACGAUAUCCAAUUGAUAAGCAUGGCUAUAAUAUAGAUAACACUCGCAGUGACGCUCGAUUACGCGAACUUCAUUUGCUGUAAACCUACUAGCUUAGUUCGUGUUUACAUGUCAGGCGUAUAUUUAGUGCUUGUUUUAGAGGCAACUGAACAGUGAUUGUGUUGAUACGUAUGAGUGAUGCGCCUGAACCGAUGCAAGUGUAGCGUUGGACCUAUUUUCGUAGCACGGAAAUAAGAGCGGCAAAAGGAGCAAAAAGCAUUCACUACCUAAAAACUUGAGGACGCAUACGUCUAUGCCGAGUGUAUUUUUGUCUGAUGUGAUCAAAUGUCUAUAACAGUUAAGUGUAAAGUUGUAGUGUUCCAAAUUUGAAAAUGAAGAAGAGGACGAUAUCAAAAUUGAAAUCGAUAUUCGGCUCGAAGAAAGGCAAACGGCAACAAGAACAACAACAAUCCUUAAAGUCUUCCCGCUCGCCGUCCCCGGAUCUACACAGUCCGGCAUCCACCGGCAGCGAAUCGUUCCGGCCGAUACAACGGACUCCAACCCCAACUCGCGUUGGGCCGCCGCCUUCCCCUCCAGUUCCUACGAACCCGAUAGUUCCUGUCGCCCCCGAACCUUCUGGCCCUUUACCUCUGUCGCCAUGUCCUGUUUGCGGAAGAACGUUCGUGCCUCAGUCGCUAGCGAAACACGUCAAAAUAUGCGAGAAGAUGACCGUGAAAAAACGAAAAACCUUCGACUCCUCAAGACAACGACGUGAAGGGAUGGACUCAUUGAACGAUAAUAUAUUUGGCACGGACUUAGAACAAUACUUGCCAAAGAAUUUCGGUCUUCCAGAAAACAGUCCCUUCCUCGAGAAGAGUCCGCCGAACACUGCCAAAGCUGCGCCCAAACCUAAAAAUCAUUCUGUGAGAAGUGCUAUUAUGAAGCCCGCGGCCGACCUACAGAAGUGUCCGCACUGCAAUCGCGCGUUCGGCCUGCGCGCGUUCGAGCGUCACGUGGAGUGGUGCGCGGACAAGGCGAAGAUCUUGCCGGCGGCGCCCGGGCAGCCUCCCCCUCAUAUUGCUGAUGCGAAGCAGAGGCUAAACGCACGCACGCAGUAUAAAGCACCCCCAGUUCGUGGCAGACGAUCCUCACAAACACGUGAAAAAUCAUCCAACAGUCGGUCCGCAUCAGUGGAAUCGACGCGCGGUAUCUCACCGCCUCGUGAGUACGGAGACUACAGGCACACUCGUACCAGAGCGUCAGAAUCCGUGUCCAGCAAUGACUACCACGAAGAAAAUAUAACGCACGUUCCAGUUAUUAGAAACUCAAGAAUUGGUCAAAAUAAUUCAUCAGGAGAUGCAAAUGUGAAAGCCAGACAAGCAAGACUUGCCAGAGACCUAAGCAGCUCCAGACCGAUCCAAGAAUCUGAUCCAUUCGAUAUCCAACAAACCAAUACAGACCUUAAUAUUAAAAAAGAUGAUACACAAAGUAAACCCAAAUCCAGAUUAAAUAUAAAAAAACGAGAACAACUAAAAAAACUUGAAGAAAUUCCUAACAAAUAUAGUGAAAAGAAACAAAAUGUACAAAAAGACAAAUUAAAGAAUAGAGCAAAGAGUUUAGAUAAAAAAGAUUCGAAAGAUCCAAAAAGUCAAAUUCCAAUACCAAGAAAAACAAAUCAAAUAAAAGAGAAAAAAGUAAUCGAAGCACUGGUGUUAGACAAAACGAAUAAUGUUAACUCAAUUGAAGCUGAAGACCAAGCUACUUCAUCGUCACUUUCCAGACAAAAUGCUAGUUCAUCAAAUGCUAAAAAUAAACUAAAAGCAAAACACAAUAUAAAAAAAGAUUAUGCAAAGAAAAUUAAAGAAAGUACAAUUAGUUUAGAUAGCCUCGAGAAUGGUUCAAUAAAUACGAAUAGAGACAAAAAUAGUCAAUCAGUAGGGAUAAAUACAGAACUUCUGUGUCCUUGUAUACCUUGUGUCAUAUAUGACAAUUCAGAACAUAACCCAGUGAAUAAAAAACGAAACAAAUCAUUACCAAAAAAUAAAAUAAAACUAGUUAAAGUUGAUAAUUCAGAUUCGCCCGUAAAAUUGCUGUAUAAAAAUCCUAAAAUACUAAGUUUUUGCGAUGUUGAGAGCGAUAAAACUUGUAACGAAACUAUAAACCAAUCAAACGAAAAUUUAUCGUUGGUGAAUUAUAACCAAUCAAAUUUAACCUUAUGUAAAUCUUUUACCGACGAUUCUUUAAUUGAAAAUAAUUUAGUAAAGGAAAAGACUUGUGAAGAUAUAAAUAAAACUGUAUUUGACAUACAUUAUAUAAACUAUAUAGAGCCGAACAAGAACUCUUCAAAUGAUAAUAUGGUAGACAGUAUAUCUAACCUAUCAGCAGAAAAUAUUGAAACUAAUUGUGAACACGAUCUAAGUGAGGGAAGUUUUGAAGACUCAUUUGAUAUUAAAAAAGAGGUUAGCGCAGAGGCAGAUACAGUUUUAGUUUGUCGUCAUAGUAGUGGUGAUACAUAUACAAAAUUCACGGAGGAUCCUGCUGAUUUAGAGGAGUUUCUGAGUAUAACGGAUAAAAUGAUUAAUAAUGAUAAAACACAACUCGAAACAAAUAACAUAGCAAAAUCUGUUCAAAAUAUUCACACGCCACGAACAGAUUCGAUUGAAUCAAUGAAUAGAAAACUGUCUGAAAAUAGCACCAAAGAUACUAAUAAAACUGGGCCUGUUUUCUCAGACACUUUAGAAGAAUUAAAAAGUAACUUGAAAGAUCUUCUAAACGAAGCAGAUCAUGAAGCAGACAAUUUAACAAAAUACAAAGAAAUGAAUGAGUCUGAAUUUAAAAAAAAUGUGUGCGAUAUGGAGCACAUCACAGUAUAUGGACUUCAAUUUUGUGAACAAAAACAAGCAGUUGAAAAUAAUUCAAUAGAAGAAAACCCUUCGGAAUUAAAGUUACCGUCAAUAAAUAAAACUAAUAAAUUUUCGCAAAACGAUAAUGAUAAAAAUGUGCAUUGUAAUAUCUAUAAAACAAAUAGAAACUCUAGAAUGUUAAAACAUAAGAAAAGAACAAACAGCGAAUAUCGAACAUUUAUCAUAAAAGAAAACCAAGAGGAUAUCUGUGAUGAAUCACCGCCGUUAAAGUUGCCUCGCAUCGAAAAUAAAAGCAGUAACAAUAUAGUAAGUGAUAAAAUUUUCCCAUCCUCUAUUAAACGUUCCACCUCCCUCCUUGACUCCAUUCAAAAGAAAACCGGAACUAAGUUAGAUAAUUCAAAAGGUCGUCACAAGACAGACCAACUUGAAGAUGAUCUGAUGCAAUCUUUAAAAGAUUUUGACAAUUUCUAUGAGUCCGAAAGAAUUGAAAAUCAAUCUUCGAAUAAAGAGGUUGUCAAUAACAAUAAGAUCAUAUAUAAUGAUAAGUCAAAGAAAGAAUUUCGUCGAAAAGUGGACCACAAACCUAACAAACAUGAAACUAACCACAACGGAAACUACACACCAAAUGGAAAAUCAACCAAUGAUUCAGCAUAUAGCAGGUUAGUCAGCCUAAAUAGAAUAUCCCCGUCAAAGUUAUCUUUGUGUAAUGCAAAAGAGCAGAACGGAGUCACGUCUCUUGAACCUGUUGGUUCCGAUUCAAACAGUAGCCACAAAGAUGAUGUCCGCUCAAUCUCCAGUGAAGAAUUUUUAGCAAUGGAACGGUCAGCUGAGCUUGACGGGCCGAUACCGCGUACAGAAACACACAAGGAACUAGAGACCCCUGCAAUUAACGAUAAAAAAGUUAGUUCCAGGGCGUCUUCUAGGCACAGUCCUACAUGGAGACCACGGCACGAGACUCUGAGCUCCAGUGGAUCUGAAACAUCUCUGCACCGACAACGUAGAGACUCCAUCCCCGCACCGCGUCUCUCGCGCUUCUGUCACGAGUGCGGGAAUAAAUUUCCCGUAGAGACGGCCAAAUUUUGUAUCGAAUGUGGUGUCAAAAGACUUGUAGUGUAAUCAAAGUUAUGGUUUAGAUGAGCGAUUUCUAGUCUAAAUAAUUGUUUGAGGUUUGUGAGCUACGCACGUUGUGCACGUGCAAAACAUUUGCCAGUUAUAGGCGUUAUGUCAAUUUAUUUUGAAUGAAUUUAUAUUGAUAUGAAUGAACUUUCAGAAAAAGAGUCAUUUUUGCAAAUAUGCACUUUUAAUUACGUUUUCAUGAUAAAUAUGACAAUUAAGACAUAUUUUAAAACGAAAAAUUGACUAAAUGCAAAAAUAAGUAUUUAUUUGCUUUUGAGAUUUAAAAUACAUCUGUGAUUGUUUUAGUUACACAGAUGGUUUAAAAUAGAUCUCUUUUAUUAAUAUCUUCAAAAAACGUAUACUUCAAUUUGCACAAACACUUAAUAAUGAAAUUAUAUAAUAAAAUAAACAUUGUUUGAAGAAGGAUAUAAAAUUCAAUUAAAAUAUCUACCAUAUUUUGAUUGAUUGAUCAGUUAUUUUAAAAUGUAGUGUUACCAAAAUUUAUAUGUAAAACUACCCUUUAAAUAAGUGCCUUUACCUGGUAGAAAAGAUUGUAUGAAACUUAUGAUACCCAUAUAAUAUAUUUUACCAUUUAAUUAUUGUAAACUGGGGCCAGCAGCUUUUAAUUUAAAUAUCUGUGAUAAAUCGGAAAAUAGAUCAAAAAGGAACAACUCGCAAGUUAAAUACAAUUGAAAAAUUAAGUGCCAAUUUUGCUUUUGGUUUGAGUGGAAUUUUGUGAAUAUAUAUUUUUAUUUAUGUUUUGUACUUGUUGGUAAAUGUAUUUUGUUUUUUAAUUUUUUAGUUAAACUUCCAAGAUUUUUAACUCUUUUAACAUCUCUUCUACGAAUGUAGCCAUUUUUAACAAGACUGAUUUGAUUUUCAAAUAUUUGAAAGUAUGAUCCUUACUGACUGUUAUAAUGAAUUGUUUUAAUAAUGAUUACAUCAUAAUAAAUUAACAUUUAAAUUUAAUAGUUUUAUUUCUUAUUAUUCAAACACAUGAGUAUCUAACAAUCUAUGUUGAUGAUAUGGUUCAUUGACAAUAUAUAAUAUAAAAUAAACACUUUGUAUACACAUUAUUUUAAAAAUUACACUUCUCAUAUGAAACCAAUUUGAAAGUGUAUUUUAUUUAGUUAUGGUAUCAUGAUUUACAUUUUGAUUUGUAAAUAAAUUAACCAACAUUACCAAAACAAUCAUAAUAGUAGAAUACACUUAUAUAUUGUAAUCAUAAUAUUGCUCUAAUAUGCCAAAUUUCAACUGAAGAGGUUA